ACAGCAACAGAACACACCCUGAACGUGGCGCCCAGGCUGCAGGGGCCCGGGAGCCUGGGCCUCCUGGUGUCUGGGGAGCUCCGUGUCCCCUCGCAGGGAGUGAGCGUGCCCACCGCAGCCUGUUCCCCAUGGGUCUGUGCGGCCGCCAGGCCCCCUCCAGGCCUCACCCCACGCUCCUCUCCCCAGGGCCCCCCGGGACCUCCCGGAAGGGAGGGGCCCCCCGGAGCAGCAGGCCAGAAGGGCAGCCUCGGUGACGUCGGCGCCCCAGGACCUAAGGGAAGCAAGGGAGACCCCGGCCCCAUGGGUGCACCUGGAGAGAGCGGCUCAGCCGGGUCCCCGGGGACACCGGGACCUCGAGGACCUCCGGGCCCCCCCGGGCCCCCGGGACCAGGAGUGCCUGCUGGAUUUGAUGACAUGGAGGCGUCUGGGAUGCUGCUCUGGUCCACCGCUCGAGGUGCCGCUGGCCCACAGGGCCUGCCUGGUGUGCCGGGACUUCCGGGGGAUCCAGGAGCGAUGGGGCCUCCAGGAGCUAAGGGAGAAGCUGGGGCGGAUGGAGCCCGAGGAUUCCCUGGCCUUCCUGGCAGAGAGGGCUCAGCAGGGCCCCUGGGACCAAAAGGGGACAAAGGGAGCCAGGGAGACAAGGUGAGUGUGGGACCCCAGCUGAGGGGCCCCAGGGAGGGGCUGCGCCCAGGGGGCCAGAGCCGGGGCGCUCUCCACGCUGCGCCCGGGGGGCUGGGUGAACUCUUGGGAACCACUCCGUGGCCCUGUGGACCCCUGGGACCCACUCCAUGGCCCUCCGUGGCUCUGGCCCCCGCACAGGGUAACGAGGUGGCGGCCGUGCAGCCUCCCGUGGUGCAGCUACACGAGGGUGGCCCGUACGCCCGGAGGGAGCACACGCAUGCCACAGAGCGGCCCUGGCGGGCAGACGGCGUCCUGGCGGUCCCUCCGCGCCUGCCGGACCCCCAGGCGUACCCUGGCGUCCCACACCACCACCACCACAGCCACCACAGCUCCUACAUGCACCUCCGGCCCGCCCACCCCACCAGCUCACCUGCCCACACCCACCAAGACUUCCAGCCGGUGCUCCACCUGAUCGCGCUCAACAGCCCCCUGCCAGGCGGCAUGCGUGGCAUCCGAGGGGCCGACCUCCAGUGCUUCCAGCAAGCGCGGGCCGCGGGGCUGCCGGGCACCUUCCGUGCCUUCCUGUCCUCGCGGCUGCAGGACCUGUACAGCAUUGUGCGUCGCGCUGACCGCGGGGCAGUGCCCAUCGUCAACCUCAAGGACGAAGUGCUGGCCCCCAGCUGGGAGGCCCUGUUCUCGGGCUCCCAGGGCCAGCUGCAGCCUGGGGCCCGCAUCUUCUCUUUCGAUGGCAGGGACGUUCUGAGACACCCCUCCUGGUAG